AUGAAGUUCAGUUUAUCUACUAUAAUUGCCCUCGCAUCCGUUGCAGGUGCUGCUUACGUUCCUUCUGAGGCAUGGUCAACUUUGACACCUACUGCAACUUUCCCAGGUGGUGUUACUGAUUAUGCAUCAACUUUUGGUAUCUCUGUUGAGACAAUAGGCUCUUCCACGUCCUCCUCUGCAUCUGUUACAGCUGCUGCUAAACUUCUAAAGAGAGGUGAUGUCUCUCAGAUUGGAGAUGGACAGGUUCAGGCUGCUACUGCUACUUCUACUUCUACAAAGAAGAGUAAAAGUUCUGCUGUCACCAAGACCAAGACUAUUUCUAAAGCUGUUGUUGCUUCCCAAAUUGGUGACGGUCAGGUUCAGGCCACAGCAACCAAACCUUCCACAACAUCCAUUUCCACUGAGACUGGUGCCACUCAGAUAAGUGACGGUCAGGUUCAGGCUAAGAAGACCAAGACUACUGGAAGUGCUUCUGCAACCACCUCUGGUUCUUCUGUCAAAACCACUUCUACUGACGAUGAGUCCUCAACUGGUUCUUCUGCCACUACCACUGCUUUUUCUUCUUCCUCCACUUCCAACACAACUAGUACAUCAACCACUGAGUCGGAGACUGCUGAGAGCUCUGUUGUUCCAAGUGUCGCUUGCUACAACACAGGUGAUUUGGCUAUGACUUUGAAAGAUAGCAUUCUUAGAGAUGCAAAGGGAAGAAUUGGUUCCAUCGUUGCCAACCAGCAAUUCCAGUUUGAUGGCCCACCGCCUCAGGCAGGUGCUAUCUAUGCUGCUGGAUGGAGUGUCACUCCUGAUGGAAAUUUGGCCAUUGGUGACAAUGAUGUGUUCUGGCAGUGCUUGUCAGGUGACUUCUACAACCUUUACGAUGAGAAUAUUGGAUCUUUGUGCUACCGUGCACAUCUUAAGAUCAUCGACUUGACAAACUGUUAA